GAAUGAUGCCCGCACCGAAUGAACUCCGAAUUUUCCCAAAUUUUUGGAUUACGCGGGGGCACAAUCAUCUAUAACCUGAACAUGAUCGGUUACACUUAUUUUGUGCGGUCGCGCUCAUUGUCGUUAUGGCGACAAUGUCGACGAUUCCAAGUUUCUGCCGCAGCUGGAAGUAAAGGAGGAGGUGGCCCAAAGGAGGAAAAGGUGCGCGCCAUUCCUUUCAGGCACCACGUCAAAGCAGCAGAAAAGACGUUUGAACAAUACCACGGUCAUGGUUUCUUUUCUGUACGAGUAUCAAGCGCAGGACCGCCAGAAGAGAUAUUUCUGCCUUUUUGGGUAGCUUCGGCCACUGUUCACACAGAAGUUGUGCAGGCACAAAUAGGGAGAAACGUCAUGAGAACACGGAUGAAUCCAUCAACAAGGAGAAAAGAGACUGUAUGGGAAACAGAUUGGGCUUGGGUACCAGCGGGGCAACAGUUUACGCGCGAUUAUAUUCCGCUGGGCCAUCCUGGUUUGCAAAUCUAUGCAUCUCAUAAGUAUCGUCGUGGAUUUGUCAACGGUAUGUGUACGGGCCAAGCUUUGGAAGAUACGACCAAGUUUUCCUACGAGUUACUGGAUCGCCCAUCGUAUCGAGAGCUGGAUCGAGCCUAUCAAACGAUCAAUCGUAAAGUGGAUCCUUUUACCAUUUUUCCUACAACGGCGCUGCGUCUGGCCACAUCUUACAUUAAAUCGCAAGAAGAAACAUACGUCGACGAAUAUUUAAAAAAGACAUAUGCUGCAGAUCAGACGCGAUUUCUGAAGCUAAACGUCACACUUGAAAAUGUCAAACUAUCGCCUGUCUAUUACCCCGCUUACAUAUACACUGUUCAUUACCUUGGACGAAACCUGCGGACGUUUAUUAACGGCAAUGAUUUGACCGUGGGUGGACUGAAAGUUUACAAUUGGGAAAGAGUAGCUGCUGUUUCAGCCCUUGGUAUGGCAGGCGUCAUGACGGCCACCGGUGGCGUGGGAUGGGGCGGUAUGAGCGGUUCUCUGUGGCUCGGUAUUGUUUUGCCUACGGUGGUAACAUCUCUAUUCACAAUGUAUUAUCCGUUACUCUCACUGCGCGUAAGGGACUGGAUGCGGCAACGGGAAAUCGCACGUCAGGCCCACGAUCCGCAUAUGUGGGAUACAGAUUGGACAGCUGCCUAUGAUGCCUUUGAAGACGAAAAGCGGUAUCGAACUUGGCGUGCUGAAUCUGAAUACUCACGCUCAAGUCAAAGUGCAGCUGGGACCCAGGAUCCCAAAGGAUAUUAUCGUGCCUUGGGGAUCGAUCGGCAGGCAACUACCGCGGACAUUCAAGCUGCUUUCCGAGGGUUAGCAAUGAAGCAUCAUCCAGAUCGGUACGCUGAUGCCGGCGAAAAAGCAAAGGCCACCGAACGAUUUCAGCUGAUAUCAGCUGCUUACAGCGUUUUACGUGACCCCAAGAAACGAAAACGGUAUGAUCAGACAGGUCAAAGCUGAUGUUAGAUUUAAAAAUGAGGACACGCCAAAAUAUAUUUUUGUUGAAAAUCAUGUACAUAGCGCAACAGUGAUGUCUGUUGAAGAAUUUACAAAUGAAAGGAUAAAAAAAGAAUAAAAAGAAAAAGGACUAGAUGAUUAUAAAGAAAGAAAUGGGGGUAGUUGAAUACGAUACAUGAGUCAUUGUUUUCUCAAUAAAAAAAAAAAAAAAAAAAA